AUGCCAUCUGUGGGAUCAACUCCAACAACUUCACCGGCUACAUCAACGUUAAAUGCCUCUCAAAAUGAUCAGCAUUCGAAUAAUAAUAGCAGUAUAUAUAGUCAUUGUAAUCAUCAAUAUCAAAAUAAUUCAACUUCAUUAGCUAACUCAACCGUAACUCUUUUAAAUAAUACAACAGUAUUAAAUGAUCACUCGAAUAACUCAUCAUCUACAACAUCUUCUUCAACGUCAACACCAAUUCACUCACCAGAACUACAAUUAUCAUCUACAGUUAGUGUUGAUAAUAAUUUACAAGCAAUAACAUCUAUUAUUAAUCGAUAUUCAAUUAGUUCUCAAAUAACUACUGUAGCUGCAAGUACGACAACAGUUUCAGCAUUUAUUACAUCUCCUAAUAAUUCGUUAUCACCACCAUCUUCCGGAAAUCAAUUUAAUUAUAAUAGUUCACUAAAUAAAAAUCCAUUUUAUUCAAGUAACAAUUCUCAUCAACUACCAGAUUCAACAAAAUUCUUGAUUAUAACUCCAGCUGUCUCCAUAGAUCGCGACUUCGAUAAUGAUACCGGGGCCCCUGCUAGUGAAGAAUGUACUGAAACAUAUAAUUAUCCAUCAAUGAAUUCUACUGCUAAUUCAGAAUUUAAUUCCAUUAACAAUAAUACUAUAGAAAUGACGAAUAUAACUGGUAACAACUGUAAUUUAAAAAGCACCAAUAACUUCUUUAAUGAACAACACUCUCAUUAUCAUAAUCAACAUCGCCAAAGCUUUUUAAGUAGUAAUUUUCGCUCUAAAUAUAAUUCUAUAUACAGUAAUCAACAGAUGAAUGAACAACAACAAAAAUCACAAUAUAACUUCUUAUCAAAAUCAGCAAAUACGUUAAGUGGUUUUACAGCAGCAACCGCUCCGUCAUCAUGGCGAUGGUGCAGUUUAAUAUGUGCUGCAAUGCGUUGUUUUGGUGGGGGUCGUAACAAUACAGCCCGCUCUCAUUAUACAAGUACAUUUUCAGCACGUAAUUAUACACAAGUUAAAGAUGAUUCUGCAUCAUUCGGCAGUGGAAGCAGAUUAUCAAAUCCAUUCAGUUGCAUUGGAGCUGGUGUAUCUGAUAGUAAUGAUAGUAGUAUUAAUAGUGGUAUUAAAUUAAAUCGAAAUCUAAAAACAUCUUAUCAAAAUAAUUCUUCAACUAUGAUUAAUGGGCCUUUUACAACACCAAGGAAAACGCGAGAUCACAUGAACAACAUAUGUUAUGAAUUGUGA